AUGGUCUCGCCCUCCCCUAGGCCGGAGGAUUUGCCCUCUGAUGAGCACAUCUUUGCGAAUGCUUUCCAGGAUCUUGACUUUCAAAGUGAGAAGGUUAGCCCUGCCCCAAGCCAAUCAAUCACCAAUUCACCCCAAAUCGCUACCGAUAAACAACAAAAUCCCAGACGGCCUAAGCAAAAGAAGAAGCAGGAUCCGCCUCCCAUCUCGGAGCCGGACGAGCCCCUCAUCACCCCGGUUGGAGAUCCGUGGCCCAGACCUUACCACUUCGAAGGCGAUGGGCUCCGCCGGGUGGCCCCGUACCACUUCACUUACAACACCCAUUGUAAGGAGAGAUGGCGAAACAGGCCACUGCUAGACAUUUACGAAUCUGAGUUUAGGGACCGGCCCGUCGAGUACUAUCGACAGUCGAUGUUACGGGGAACAAUAUUCGUUAACGGUCGCCGUGUUGGACCCGAGUAUGUCCUGCGCAAUGGUGACCUCAUUUCCCAUACCUUACAUCGUCAUGAACCUCCGGUUACAGAGGACCCGGUUCAAAUCAUCCACGAGGACGAAGACAUGAUUGUUAUCAACAAGCCUGCCGGUGUUCCCGUUCAUCCCGCUGGUCGAUACAACUUCAACUCGGUUGUUGAGAUCAUGAAGUCAGACCGUGGUGCGACAUUCUUGCCAUAUCUCUGUAACCGUCUAGACCGUCUUACAAGCGGUAUCAUGUUCAUUGCUAAGAACCCAGUUGCCGCGGAGGCCUUAGGCGUCAAGAUCAAGGAUCGCACAGUGAGAAAGGAAUAUAUCGCUCGAGUGAUGGGCGAGUUUCCUGAGGGUGAGGUUGUCUGCGAUCAACCCAUUUUGCAGAUAUCCCCCAAGCUUGGUCUCAACCGAGUGCGCGCCAAUGGCAAGAGUGCGCGAACUGUGUUUAAGAGACUGGCCUACUACCCUGCCGAGGGAGAGGAUGAUAUAGACGAACGCCCUAAAACUCCUGAGCAGAUGCAAGAUGAGAAACAUCGCCCUUGGGUAAACACGAAAGGAUAUUCGAUUGUUCGAUGCCUGCCGGUUACAGGUCGUACGCAUCAACUGCGUGUCCACCUUCAGCAUCUUGGCCACCCUAUUCAAAAUGAUCCCAUUUAUGCCAACAGACGAGUUUGGGGCAUGGAUCUCGGACAAAACGAUGCUGAUGCGACUCAAAACACAGACGAAGAUAUCGUUAGCCGACUGUCUCGCAUGGGCAAGGACGAAGUGGCCGAAGCUGUCGCCUAUUACGAUGCUAUGGUGGAUAAGUAUGAAGAAAAGAGGGCCGAGAAAUUGACUGGCACCCUCUGCGACGUAUGCGCGACACCACUAUACUCAGACCCUGGCAGUCAUGAGUUGUCGCUAUGGCUCCACAGUCUUCGGUAUGAGGACGCAGGAGGUAGUUGGUCUUAUGUCAGUCCGUUGCCUCGAUGGGCGCUGCCACCGAAGGGAAUGAGCGGCCCAACAUCUGUGGGAGGAUUGGAGGAGUUGGUGGAGGCGGUUAAGGAUGAAGUCCCCGAGAUAAUAUGA